AUGCCCUUCAAAAAUCUCUUGUCCGAAGUGAAAUCCCAACUCAAGGACCUCCAACAAGAAGGCCAAAAAUUUCUUGCUAGUCACCAGCAAUCCCAGCAUUCAGCCCCUCAAUAUCCUCCGCCACCUCAGGGCCAAUAUCAAGCUCAGCAAGCUGGAGCAGUCCCACCACCAAUCCCCCAGACUACACACCCGAAUCACAAUCAUCCUGGCACCAGUAAGAUCUACUGGCAACCGCGGUUCGAUCCGUCUACGCCCAUCAGUGCAGAGUGGGAGCAUAAGCUAGGGAAUAAUAAUGGCUGGGGCAAUAAUGAAAUGCAGCAUUAUACGAACGAGGGUGUGAAUUCAUUUUAUACGCCAAACCACCUUCUCGUCCUCCGCGCGAUUUCUCAACCCAACAACCCGGACCCGACCAAGAAAUUCACCUCCGCCCGCCUGGUGUCGCGCCAACGCCUCUCCCGGCCCCACGGCAGUCUGGUAGCAACACUGACCCUGCCCUGCGCAUCGGGAAUUUGGCCAGCAUUCUGGCUUCUGCCCUUCGAACCCUUCACAUGGCCGACAGACGGGGAAAUCGACAUUGCCGAAACCUGGAAUGGGGAUGGAAUCAACCAUUCAUGCCUGCACUGGGGCUUUUACACGCCGCAGGAUAAAGAUAAACAUCGAGUCGUGGGCACGCCGGUGCAGGGUAUGCAGGCAGGGAGGCCGGUGAGGUUCGAGUUUGCGUGGAUGCAAGACCCGAUUUCAGGUCAAGGAAGGAUGGUCUGGUGGAUUGACGGGCGGCCGGUUAUGAAGGCACCUAUCCCAAGUGGGACAAGGCGGAUGACGGAUUUUGUUGUAUUGUUGAAUAUCGCAAUGGGCGGGAAUGUGUGUCAGGGCCAGGUGCCGAGAGAGGGUGCGUAUGAUUUUGUGGUGCACGAUAUGAGGAUGCUGGAGGAUCCGGAAAUAGGUGGAUGGGCGAGGUUUGAGGGCGAUUGGGCGCGGGCAAGAGAGGGCGAUGUGAUUUGA